AUGGAUGAAGAAAAAAGAGCCAGAGUGGUUUUGAACAUCACAUUUGUUCGGCCAGAAAAAUUCUACAUCAGUGGGUUUUCCAACAUUCCUCACACUCAGUAUUUUUAUGUUUUCUUGUGUUUUGUCUAUGUAAUGACUGUUAUUGGAAAUGUCUUUCUCCUCUCAGUUAUCUGCUUGGUGAGGACUCUUCAUUCUCCCAAAUACAUGAUUGUGUUCAACUUGGCUUUGAUAGAUCUGUGUGGAAGCACAGCUCUUAUCCCAAAAGUCUUGGACACAUUUUUGUUCGACAGGAGAUUUAUUUUGUACGAGGCUUGUUUAAGCAACAUGUUUUUUGUUAUGUUCUUUAGCAGUUUACAGUCAUGGACUCUUGCCUGUAUGGCCUAUGACAGAUUUGUGGCAAUCUGCCUCCCAUUGAGGUACCAUAGCAUCGUGUCUAAGAGAUCUGUUGCUGUGAUUCUGCUGUGUAUGUGGUUAAUAAUUCUGUUCGUAGCUGCCUUUACAGUGGGGAAUAUUAAUCGUCUGUCUUUCUGUGGUUCACUAGAAGUGCAAAGUUUUUACUGUGACCAUGGACCAUUAAAUCGCCUUGCUUGCAACGAUAGAUCCAUAAAUGAUGUCAUGGCUUAUAUUGGCUUAAUUUUAUUCAUCUGCAUUCCUUUUAUACUAAUAGUAAUUACCUAUUUGUGCAUUAGCAUUGCACUAAGCAGAAUUGCGUCUAAAGUGGAACGACUCAGAGCACUAAAAACCUGUUCAUCACACAUAAUUCUUGUGGUAACUUUCUUUAUACCUUUGUUUGCCACUAACAUCGCUGCUGUGGUCUCCUACCUCCAUCCUAACAUCAGAAUAAUAAAUUCCUGUUGGACACACACCAUCCCGUCUUUGCUUAAUCCUAUUGUUUACUCUUUGAAGACAGAAGAACUGCUGAAUGCUAUAAAGAAACUGUUUCAAAGAAACAGAAUGACAAAAAUUGAAAGCAAACAAAGCCACCGUACAACCCUCCUGUAG